UUUUUUUUUUACAUAUUUUACAUUUUUUAUCUUUUCCUUUUUCAAUUUUCAUCAAAAAUCCUUUUUUAUACUCUAUAGUAAAUUUUUUAUUAAAAUUUUUUAUUACCCUUUCCACCAUUUUCUUUAGUUUUUAGUUUUUUUUACCCCUUCUGUCCAUUUUUCCACCCCCCUUAUCCAUCCCACCUUUUUCGCUCAUAAUAUAUAGGGGGUGUUUCUACCUGUCCUUUUUCGUAUCUCUAUCUGUUUUCUCUUUGUUUUUGAAUUCAACUUCUUUUUUCACUUUAUUUUUUGACUCUAGCUGCGCAUAAUAAUAACACCGCUCCUUUUUUGCCAGGGUGACUCUAUUUAACCUUACAUUACCAUUAACACGCAUACACGCAAGCGAAGAGCACCAUUUACCGUCAGUUCUUUUAGCAUGUCAAAGAUAAUAAAGCCAAAGCCCUCAUCAGUCCCUCUGGCUCUGGGCGACGCCGCUGAUGAGAAGCAUCACAAAUAUCGUUGCCGCGACUUGAAACGCCAGCUCGAGGAGCUUGAAGAGUACAAUGAAAUUUUGGCCGUCAAGCUGCUUCGCUCAGAAAAGUGCCUGCGCCGGAUGAAAAUCGAGCGCAACAUUUUGCUGGAGCGCUUCGAGAACUCGCGCCAUUACAGCAACUAUCAUCACGACGACUCGGAGUCAGAUUCCGACGCGCCUCUCAAGGACACAUUCCCACACCCGCCGGCAUCCGACAUUGAUCCAAAUGAGGCCCACCACCCGGCCACAGUUCCAGCAGCCAGCUCCACGCUGAAAACAGGUCGCGGGCGUCGGCGCGGCCCCUACAACGUAAACCCGCACAAGACGCGCAGCUCGGCCAAUACCCCGCAGCCGAUGUCAGCCAACAGCACGCACGACCAGACAGGCUUACGCAAGCCACGGAUGGAGAAAGACCCCAAUGCGCCGCGGCGGCCGGCCAACGCGUUUGUCCUGUACUGCCAGGUUGAGCGUCCCAACAUUCGCAGCCGCGGGACCGACCUGACCUACGGCGAAAUGACAAAGGCCAUGGGAAUCAAGUGGAAGAACUUGUCGCAGGCGGAGAAAAAGAAGUACUUUGAUCUUUACGAACGUGAGAUGUUCCGGUAUCAGCAGGAGCUCGAGACAUACAAGGGCGGUAACAGCAGUUACGGCGGAUUGACGGCUGUUGCUUCAUCAUCAGCCAACCCAUCGGCCGUGCCUUCGUCGGCUCGCUCCGAGGCAUCGUCGGUGGCUGCCGCGCUGACGGCCGUUCCUUUUGCUGACGGCGCCGACAGGCUGUCUCAUAACGGGGACAUGGACAUUGAUGCCGACGGCAGCAUUGGCGGCGACUCGCAUAUGGCCGAGUACCACAAGGACGAUGGGUCUGUUGGCUCCGAGUUGCAUACAAAUAGUGCGCCUCCCAGCAGUGUUGUGUUGGCUGCGGGCGUCGAGUUUUCGUCACCACAGCUCGCAGGAUCUAAUGGACAUCACACACUUGACGAUGACAUGCCGUCUUCGCCCAUUGCCAUUGGUGACGACCACAAUGAUGUCGGUUCUUCUGUGCACAAGUCAACUGCUGUUCCUGUGGGCAGCGCUGUUGUGAGCCAUCAGGCUUGAUUAAUGAAUUAUUUUUCACGUGUUUUUUCUUUUUAUUUUCUGUUUUUUUAGGGGAAAUUGAAUAUUGGAUAUCGACUUUA